AUGGUGGCAGUCGGUGUUGCACCAGAAAUCGAGAUCAAAGUCAAGAAAAGGCAAAGCCGAAGAGAGCACCAAGAAGCAGAUGAAGAAUCAAAAGAGCCAAGGCGCAGAGGAUGUGUUGGCAUUGACCCCCUUCUCGAGCAGAAGGCCAACACCAAAAGAAUCGCCUGGCGUUCCUUGGAUGAAAGGUACACCCACGACGAGGCUGAGUGUACCCAAAGAGACUGGGGAAGAAUUGCCAAUUCCCAGCACCAGAUUUGCCAAUUCCUCCUGCACCGCCUGCAGUGGUUGCAGAGGUCAAAUCAAAGCUGGAAGAUCUCAAACGUACGUUGGGAGUAG